GAAACGAUGGGAGUUGUUUCUUCCCCUCCGUUAUAAACCAUCAGCCGUACGUGUUGCGAAAGAGGACACAUGAUGGAAAGCGUAAACAUUUACGUGUCUUGAGUGUUUAGAGAAACAAUUUUUAUUUGUAAUCAUGAUAGACAGUAACAUUUCCAUGGAGGAGGAUACUGAAUUACGAGAUUUAGUGGUACAAACUCUUGAAAAUAAUGGUGUUCUCGCAAAAGUCCGGGCUGAAUUAAGGGCUAGCGUGUUUUUAGCUCUGGAGGAACAGGAAUCUGUAAUGAAUCCAGAACCACUCCUCAACAAAACAGUAAAACAGUACCUGGCUAAUUCCGAAGGAAAAUUACUAUUUUCAUUGGUUAGGGAGUUCCUAGAAUAUUUUGGUUUGGAUUAUACUAUAUCUGUAUAUGAUCCAGAGACAUAUAUUGGAAAAGAAUAUAACUAUGUCGGUAGAAACAAAUUAUGUGAAGAAUUAGGUAUAAAUUCAUCUGAGCCAUUACUUGGAGAAAUUUUAAAGAAUAAUAUCAAUAUCUGUAACAUAACACAAAAGGUGGAAUUCAAUAACAGUAAACAUAAUAAAACAAAUGAAACGUCAACAAACUUUGCAAAUGCAACCUUUGAAGUUCCUGUACCAAAGAUGUUACAUACUGAAUCAUUAUCAAAUGACAAUGAUUCUUCUGAGAAACUAGGAAGUUUCUCUGAACAAAGCACUAGUAUUCCAAUAAAUGUGACAAUAACUGACAAAAAGAAAAAUAUACAAACAUUACAUAAUGAUUUAUUAGAUGAGUCACAUGAUAAAGAAAAGAAUUCUCUCAGGGAAAAUAUAAUAAUUUUUGACAACAUAACUGACAAAGAUGAUAUUAAUGAUAAAGGGAACAAUAUACACUCUGAUAAAAGUCCUACAAAAAAAAUUGAUACAUACGAAGUAAUAAAUCAUACAAUAAAAGAAACUGCCACAAUUGCAUCUGGUCAAAUUGAUAUGUUCAAUAAAGAAGGACCUUUAAUUACGUUUGAUGAAUCUAUAGUAUCUGAAAUGCAAAAAAAUCAAAACAUGGAUGUUACAAAACAAAAUAGUAUAAAUAAUAAAGAACUACAUAUUAUGAAUAAUGUACAAAAUAAAAAAGAGAUUAAUAUAGAAUGUAACUUUGGAAAAGCUAUUUACUUUGAAGAAAUUAUUGUUGAUGAAAAAAGAGACAAUGUUGGUAAUGUACAUAAAGCUGAAUCUUCAUCACCUUUAGAUAAGUCUGGUUCUAUAUUUGAUCUACCACCAUUAAACGGAAAAAAGACUAAUAUAAAUGAUAUAAAAGAAUUAAUGGAUGUUGGAUUUGCAGUAGAUAAUGUUGACAAUUAUGAAGAAGAUUUUGUGUCAUCUGCAUCAGGUAGUUUUAAUGAACAGAGUCCAUCUAAAGAAUUACAAGAAUUGGACAGUUCUGUGCAAGUACAUGUCAAAAAAGAAGAUACAAUUCAGAGUACUCAUAGUGAAGACAUUAGUGAAGAAAUAGAAGAAACUGAUGAAAUACUGAGUAGUACUUCGUGCAGGAAAAAAAAACAUUUAUCAAGAGCAUUAUAUAUAAUUCUAAUAUUCCUAUAAAGCAUUAUAUAAUAAUUUAAUACUCCUUUUUUAUGAUAAGUAAUAUGUAUGCUAUUGUUGUAUAUUAUUAUAUUUUUCAUAAAAAAGGAGUGUAUAUAUCAGUAUGUUAUUAAUACAUCUACAAGAGUUAUUUUUAUACAAACUGAUUAUUUGUAAGAUAAACUUCUUACAAGGAAAUAUUCUUACUUAGAAUAAUUCCAUUUCAGCUUCAGGGUGUGAAUAUAAAUGAAAAGGAUGAAAAGGUUUCAAAUUUCACAACGGGUAUUACUACAAAUUAUAGAAAUGAGAUAUAAUCUUUACUGAUAUUAUCGUAAGAUUCUGUUAAGAAUCUUAAGCACUUUGUUCAAUUAUAAUUUUGUUAAUUGUUUCUCACAUUGUAGUUGCUUUUAUAACGAUAAGAAUGUUAUUCUGUUGCAUAGCAAGCUAGAGUACAGGAGAUACUGCUUUUGGGGACUGAUAUCCUAUACUAAGGCAUCAUGUGUAAGACUAUGCUGAUUAUUGUAAAUUGAGAAACUUACUGGAUUUAUUUUGCAGUUUUUAAUAAGGCACUGCCAACUAUGGCUAAAUACUUAUAAAUCGCGCUGCAAAAAUCAUGGAAGGAAAAUGCCUUCAUGAGCAUUUUUCUAUUCAUUGCAUUUCUCUAUUUUAUAUAGAUUAAAUGAUGUAUUUUUCUACAUUUUAUAGAUUUAAGAGGGAAAUGUAAUUUUUAUUAUAAAAAAAAGGAAAUAUUUAAGUUUAUGACCGAUAUACUUUUUGAAGUGAAUACAGUAAAAAUGAAACGAAGUAAUAGAAAUCUAUAUAUUGAAACUAUUAACAAAUAUUUAAUCUAUGUCUAUAUUGUCAUAAAAUUCAGCUUCUCAAUCGGCUACUAACAGCAUAAAAAAUUGUUUACAUUUCUUUAACAACUGCUAAAUGUAUAGAAUCUUUCAAUUUUGUUAAUAAGUAUAAAUUUGGGAGGAUGGGGAAUUUAGUAAAAUGACUGAUAAUUACAAAGUACUUUUUGCAUCGUUUUAAGACUGACAGUAUUUUGAAGAGCUGAAUCUUCAUUUCUAAACUGAUCACAUCAUUUUGGGAAACAUAAUUAGCCAUUAAUGUUAACAUUAUCAUAAAAAAUAUCUAUGUCUUAUGUGACAUAUAUGAAAUGAUCUUUUUACUUCAUAUAUAAAUAUGUAAUUUGCCAUGAAUUGUUAAAAUGAACAUAGAUUUUAAUAUUGCAAUAGUAGAAGACUCAAUAGGUACAUAGUAUGAGGCAAUUUUCCUUCUAUGUUAUACGUAUGUGCCUAGUAUUAUUAUCCUUAUAAACAACUUACAUAAGUGUUAUAAUAUUUCAAGGACCAGGAAACUAUUAAUUGAGUUAUAGUCAAUUAGUAAGUAGAUUAAUUUUUUAAAGGAAUAUCUUAGUAUUUUACCCUUUUGUGCUUGACAGAAAAAUUCUUGAGUCUAAUUUUAUGACUGAAUAUGAUUCAUUACCUCAUUUAACUAAACAUAGAUGCUGCGAUAUCUAUGAUAUCAGUAAACCAUCCGUCUAAUAAUGGAUUGCCUAAAAAAAUCCGUCAAAUUAUUUUUUUGAUAAUAAUGGUGCUAAAUAUUUGAAACUAAAAUAAUUUAUAAAGGUUGAAGCUGUCCAAGAAAAUUUAGGUGCUUAUCUAUCUUCUAGCAACACUGUUUGCAAGAGAUUAGUAAUUAACAAAAGUUGUAGGGUAGGAUCUUAAUUUUUGGGCAAUCCAAUACAAUGAAAAAUAUUUAAUAUGGAAAAGUUCAUUCUAUGUAUGAUGCAAUAACUGAGUACAAUUCAAAAUGGAUUGACAGGAUGCUUGACAAAUCAAAAUCCUUUUGUAAAAACACAUAAUUUGCUAUCUUUACAAAAGAAUUUUCAUUAACAGCUAAAAUCUGAUAAUAUCACAUAUGCUAAAUGGCAUAAUUCAUUCAGACGAAGAGAUUGUGUGCUUGUAUAAUAUGUACCAUGUAUAAAUUUGAUUAUAGUCAUUAAAUUAUUAAAAAUGUAUACAAAAAUUUUUACAAAGUUCAUGUACAAUAGUUUUUUGUACAUUGAUAUAUAUUAUUUUUGUUUUCUUGAUUUUCAUUAGAAAUGUUAUUAGUAAAAUUAUUAUAUAAAAUCAUAUGAUACUGUGUAACAAAUCUCUUAGUCUGAAUCGACAUUUAUCCCAGUAUGAUCAUUAAAUCAGGUGUGUUCCUGGCCAAUCAGCGUGGUUACAUCUUGUUAUCAGUAUGGUAUACAGUUUUAUGAAAAAAUUCAGGACUGGUUUGAACAUUCCCACAUUUUAUAAAAUAUAAGAAAUAAAUACAUUCCAUUAUUGUUAUCAAAAUAAUUUUUUGUUCGUUCAUUAGGUUUAGAGAAUAUAUCUAUACAAUAGCAUUUUCAUUAUAUUUUAUGAAAGACUAUGCGAUUUAAAUAAUCUAUAAUUAUCAUUAAAUUAUUACAGCAUCAGAUUUUAUUUAAAAUAGAUGUUGAAAACAAUUCUCAGAAGGAUUUAAUACACAAUAUAAGUAUCUGUUAUAGUGAUUUUAUUUUGAAGGUAGUAUAUAAUGAUUAAUAGUACAACAACUCAAUAUUAACGAAGUUUGCAACUGCAUAUUUUCUGUUUUAAUAUCGAAUAGCUUAUACUUUCUUUCCUGAACUUAUAUUUAUCUGUAUUAAGCUAUAUUUUAUAAAAUAAUAGUUCCAUAUUGAAAUCUGUCAAUUCUUCAAUAUAUUUUUUAAUACAUAAAACAAAUAAAAUUAAUAAUGAUCUUAUUGAAAUUCUUAAAUUAUAGAAGGGUUGAUAAAAAGUUUAUUGAUGCUGUAAAAUAAUGCAUAUAUAUUUACAUUCUUAUUGCAGAAUCAAAUUAUAGUCGAUCUAUAAUUGUACUAGUACAAUAUAAGUUAUAUAACAUACAUAAUUUAUAAAAGAUUGGAUAUCUUUUAUAUAUUUUCCUUUAUAAGAUUUUUGUUCAUAAAUUAUUUUUAUUAUUACUAUUACUACUACUACUACUACUACUACUA